UAUUUAUAGUUUCUCUGCCGUCCCCACAGUUUGAAAUCAGAAAUCAGUGUCAGACACAGAGAGAGAGAGAGAGAGAGAGAGAGAGAGAUAACAAUGGAGAACAUAGAGCACAAGAUAAUACCCGUCAACGGCAUCAAAAUGCACGUCGCUGAGCUCGGCAAAGGCCCGUUGGUCCUCUUCGUCCACGGCUUCCCCGAGCUCUGGUACUCCUGGCGCCACCAAAUGGUAUUCUUGGCCGCGCAUGGCUACCGUGCGGUGGCGCCCGACAUGAGGGGCUACGGUGAAACUACCGGCGCACCCCUCGACGACCCUUCCAAGUUCACCGUUCUCCACUUGGUGGGCGACCUGAUCUUACUCCUGGACGCGAUUGCGCCGGGUGAAGAGAAGGUUUUCGUUGUGGGGCAUGAUUGGGGUGCUCUCGUUGCUUGGCACUUGUGCUUGUACAGGCCUGAUAGAGUCAAGGCUUUGGUCAAUUUGAGUGUUGCUUUUUAUCCCAGGAAUCCUGAGGUGAAUCCCGUGGAGAUGUUUCGGGGUCUAUACGGGGAUGAUCACUAUAUCUGCAGAUUUCAGGAACCUGGUGACAUAGAAGCUGAAUUUGCAAAUAUUGGUGUUAAGGAAGUUGUCAAGAAUAUUUUUGCAUUCCGCACUCCUGGUCCAUUUUAUUUUCCCAAGGGUAAAGGAUUUGGCUAUUCUCUUGAGAGAGCACCUUGGUUGACAGAAGAGGAUCUGGACUAUUAUGUCAGCACAUUCGAACAGACAGGUUUCACUGGAGGAGUGAAUUACUAUCGCGCGUUUGGCUUAAACUGGGAAUUGAAUGCACCCUGGUCUGGGGCUCAAGUAAAAGUGCCAGCAAAGUUUAUUGUCGGGGAAUUUGACAUAACCUAUCAUGUACCAGGAACCAAAGAUCAUAUACACAAAGGUGGGUUCAAAAAAUUUGUGCCGUUGUUGCAGGAAGUCGUAGUGCUGGAAGGUGCUGCUCACUUUAUCAAUCAAGAAAGACCAGAUGAGAUCAAUGAACACAUCUAUGCUUUUCUUAAGCAGUUUUAGAUGCUUCCUUUUGUAACAACUGGGAGUUUGCUCAAGUGAUGGCCAUCUAUAUGUACAUGCUCUAAGCAACCAGAAUCAGGGGGUGAGGCUUCAACCUGUUUAUGAAGCUAUAUGUAUUACUUUUCUGUUAGUAUUCAUGAAUUUUCACGACAGAAGUAUAAUAUAUCCAAGUGAAAAAUGUGUGCUUA